GGCCAAGCCCAAUAUGAGAAGGGCAACCAAAGUCAUGACAAACAACUUCACCAUCUCUCUACGUUUCUCUUUCUUUCUUUCUUCUGUCACUAACUCAUCAGCGCCGGCCUAACCUCGUUAACUUACUCAUCGGAGAGGAGGAAUUCCAUUGCAGGGGCAGAUGAACAAUUACUUCACUCAAAGGUUUUUGGAGCACAAAUGACUUGAGUUUGGGGUUUUAUGGAGACAGAGCUGAAGUCAGAAUCACUGGGAAUAAAUUCAUCCAAUGACAUGUUGGGAAAGUUGACGAUGGAGAAGCGUGAUUGCUCCUUCGUUUCUAGUUCAACGAAGUAUAAGAGGCGUAAAGUUUUUGCAAUUCGUGAUUUUCCAGAAGGGUGUGGAACCUUAGCCCAACAACAACAUGUUAGCUUGAGCCAAACUGAAGAAACAGAGGAAACUUGUUCUGAUACCCUUCAAAAAUCAAUUUGUAAGGAAGGAAGCAGUGAUGACUCAAAAAAUGUAACUUCUGAUUUGGGGAAGGAUUUGAGUCAGGUAAGCGUUUCUACUCUAAAGGAAGAGAAUGGUCCUGUUCUUUUGGAUAAUAAAAGUCCAUUAAUCGCCGAAAACAACGACUUAGUUUAUCCUGAUUCGACUGUUAAUGAGAAUUGUAAGGAAGGAAGCAAUGAUGGCCUAAAUGAUGGAACUUCUGAUUUAGCAAAAGAAUUACAUCAUGUGGGUGUUGAUGCUCCAAUGGAAGAUACCGGUCUAGUUCUUUUGGAGGAUAACUUUAUGCCUCCAAAUGAAAACACAGACACCACUUGCACAGAUACACUUCUGAAAUCCAAUAGUAAGGAAACAAGCAGUGAUGGCCUAAAGAAUGAAGCUUCUGAUUUGGUGAAAGAUUUGCAUCUGGUGGGUAAUACUACUCCAAAGAAAUAUUCAAGUCCUGUUUGUUCGGAUGGUAACUCUCUUUUAGCUACUGAAGACAUAGACACACCUUGUAUGGAUGCUUUGUUGGAUUCAAAUUGUAAGGAAGGAAGCAGUGAUGGCCUAAAAAAUGAAACAUCUCUUUUAGCUACAGAAGACAUAGACACACCUUGUAUGGAUACUUUGUUGGAUUCAAAUUGUAAGCAAGGAAGCAGUGAUGGCCUAAAAAAUGGAACAUCUCUUUUAGUUACUGAAGACAUAGACACUCCUUGUAUGGAUACUUUGUUGGAAUCAAAUUGUAAGGAAGGAAGCAGUGAUGGCCUAAAAAAUGGAACAUCUGAUUCGGCAAAAGGUGUACAAAUGAAUGGCCUCAGAUCUGUCCCUAAUGGAAAUGGUUUUGUGAAAACAAUGUCUAGGAAUUAUCCUCCUCGGAGGAGAGUUUCAGCCAUCCGAGACUUCCCUAAAUUUUGUGGAAUAAAUGCUUCUCCUCGUAGUAAGGAGAAGCCUUUGGAAGAGCUUGCUUCCUUGGAAAACAUAAGUUCUCAAGAGAAGUUUGAAUCUGAAGCAAAUGAAAAAGUUAUGUCAGAGACAGUGAAGAAAAUUGCAGGUACAGUAGGGGAUGCUGAAGAUGGAGAUUUGUUUAGAAAUAAAUCGGUUUUGAAUGAUAUGAAAGUAACCAGGGACACAAUUAAACCAAAAGAUUCUGUGGAUGUACUCUCUUCUGUGAAGAACCGAAGUUCUUGUCAAGAGGCAUCUGAACUAGAAAUGGAUGAUAAAUUCUUGACAGAAAUAGUUAAUGCUGCUGUGACUACUGCUUUGAAAGUUGGAAGCAAGGACUUGGUACAUGGAGAUUCUGACAAUAUAGAAUUGGAAGGGAAUGGUUCUAAAGUAGCCAGAAAUGAGGUUAGAUCUGAACCAGAGGAGAAUGCUGUAGAAGAAAAGAGGAAUAAGAAUAAAUGUGUAGUUUCAUCUGAGAGAAUAGAGGAAAAGGGGAAAAAGGAAAAUACUAAUGAGCCUCCUUUUGAAGAAGCGUUAUACUGGUGGGACCAUGAGUUUGAGACAGUGCUUGAGAAAGACGAUGGCGACGCUGAAGGUUCAGAAGAAAACUUGUGUCAGGAGAUGGUUGUUUAUUCUGAAGGCCAAGCUCCAAAUGAAAUGCCUUCAGUUACUUCUGAGAAUCAGUUGCAAGCAGUAAAUCUUACAUCAGACAGGGUGGUAGUUCAAGGUUUGAUGGCUGCAUCACAUUGUCCUUGGAGGAAGGGAAAGAGUUCUGGCAUGACUAAGCCUGUUGGUAGGAGUGGAAUCAAAAGUAAGAAAAUUGAUAACAUAACUCAUGUAGGAAGAUCUAAAAAGAAGAGUGUUGCCAGGUCCAGGGUUGAUGAAAAUGACUUAAAAGGAAAGUCUGUACAGAUGAUUUCUCCAGAUUCCCCUCAAGGGAAAGGUCAGCUAGUUAUUCAGGACAAGAAAAAUUCUCUCAAGCUUAAUGAGUCCGAUUUUCACGUGGCUCCAAGGUCACGUGGUGCUCAUGUAUUUGUUCCUCCUCUUCAUUAUGGUACUUCAAGUAGUAAUGAUCAUGAUAAUAGUGGAACUGUUACCCGAAAUAAAGUAAGGGAGACUUUGCGUCUGUUCCAAGCUGUUUGUCGGAAGCUUUUGCAGGAAGAGGAAGCUAAGUCAAAGCAAGAGAAACAGAAGAAGAGGUUCGAUUGUAUAGCUGCAAAGAUUAUCAAAGACAAAGGCAAAUGUGUAAACACAGGCAAACAAAUUUUGGGAGCUGUCCCCGGUGUCGAAGUUGGUGAUGAGUUCCAGUACAGGUUGGAGCUUAAUAUUAUUGGUCUCCAUCGACCGACUCAAGGUGGAAUAUAUUAUGUGAAGCAUGAUGGAAAGAUACUUGCAACAAGUAUUGUUGCAUCUGGAGGCUAUUAUGAUGAUUUGGAUAAUUCAGAUGUCUUGGUUUACACUGGCCAAGGAGGAAAUGUGAUGAAUUCAGAUAAAGAACCUGAAGAUCAGAAGCUUGAACGGGGAAAUCUUGCUCUCAAGAAUAGUAUUGAUGAAAAGAAUCCUGUUAGGGUAAUCCGUGGAGGUGAGUCUUCAGAUGGAAAAUCGAAGACUUAUGUAUACGAUGGGCUUUAUUUGGUGGAAAAGUCCUGGCAAGAGAUAGGGUCACAUGGUAAGUUGGUUUUCAAGUUUCAGCUCAAGAGAAUCCCUGGUCAACCGGAGCUUGCUUGGAAAGAAGUUAAGAAGAGUAAAAAGUUUAAAGUAAGAGAAGGUGUGUGUGUAGAUGACAUUUCAGGAGGGAAGGAGAAAAUUCCAAUAUGUGCUGUGAAUACCAUAAACGAUGACAAACCUCCACCAUUUAAAUACACAACUAGCUUGAUAUAUCCUGAUUGGUACCACCCUCCUUCUCCCCAGGGCUGUGACUGUAUCUCUGGAUGCUCAGAUUCUGAUAAAUGCUCUUGUGCCGUGAAGAAUGGAGGCGAAAUCCCAUUUAACUUUAAUGGGGCUAUUGUGGAAGCCAAGCCCCUUGUUUAUGAGUGUGGUCCUUCUUGCAAGUGCCCUCCUUCUUGUCAUAAUAGAGUGAGUCAACAUGGUAUCAAGUUCCAGCUUGAAGUCUUCAAAACGAAUCUUAUGGGAUGGGGUGUGAGAUCACUGAACUUCAUUCCAUCAGGAAGUUUUAUAUGCGAAUACAUAGGAGAGCUUCUUAAGGAGAAGGAUGCUGAAGAACGAACUGGUAACGACGAGUACCUCUUUGAUAUUGGGAAUAACUACAAUGACAAUUCACUUUGGGGUGGACUUUCCACUCUAAAGCCUGACACACAUUCUGCCCCCUGCGAAGCUGCGGAGGAAGGAAGUUUUACCAUUGAUGCAGCUGAGUAUGGCAAUAUAGGAAGAUUUGUCAAUCAUUGUUGCAACCCAAAUCUUUAUGCCCAAAACGUCCUGUAUGAUCACCAGGACAAGAGAAUCCCUCACAUAAUGCUUUUCGCUGCGGAGAAUAUUCCUCCACUGAAGGAGUUGACUUACCAUUACAAUUACACAAUAGAUGAGGUUCGCGAUUCAAAUGGUGAUAUCAAGAAGAAAAGUUGCUUUUGUGGCUCACUUGAAUGCUCUGGUAGGCUGUAUUAAAAAAAAGACAAUGUGGGAAAGGGUAGGAAUUUUGUAUUGCUUAGUACAAAAUUUCGACAUUGAGUUGCUUAUACAGAGAUUGUUGACAUUAAGUUGUUUUUCAAAUGUUGUAUAUACCCUUGUUGUUUACUUGUAGGAGCUCCAACCUUAAAAUCAAAUUAGCCUAGCCUGGUGGAGUAGUACUGCUCAUUUUUUGUUUGACAGUCUUUCUUCUCCUCUCAUCAGCUUGGCUAAAGUGGCUUUGGUUUGCUAAGGUGAGGAUGCUAUAACAUCUUCAGUCUAAAAUGUAAGAUUCUAUUAAGAUGAUUUGCAUAGACUUAUUUUUUUUGAACUCUGAAUGCAUAGUUAUGAGAAUUUCUCUUUUGUACAGCCCAACUGUUGUUAAUUAAAUUAUUUUAUUUGGCAUGAA